AUGGCAGCGUCGGCUCAAACCCCGACUCUAACUGCGACAGGCAGUGGAAUUCCAACGUAUCACCAGGUCCAGGAGACCUCGUUCGACUUGGACUGGGCGGACCUUGCCACGUUGGAUCUAUCUCAGUUUGACCAGCCUGGUGGUAAGAAGCUCUUAGCCACGCAGCUUUUCGACGCUAUUCAAAAUAUUGGCUUCUUUUAUAUCACCAACUUCGGCUUGUCGCAGGAAGAUGUCGACCAACAAUUUUCUAUUGGUGAACAGAUAUUCAAGCUUCCAAUAGAGGAGAAGCUCAAGUUUCGCGCGGAGCUAGAGAAAGGUGGCUACAAUGGCUACAAGCCAAUGGGUCUUCGGGAAAUUAGUCCAGGAGUCUUUGACAAGACGGAAAUCUUCAAUAUUCCAAAAUUCAUCCCCGCCCUUGAACGUCCGCAGCCAGAUAUUGUGAACCAAAACCGUCCAAUUAUUGAGGGCUUUGCACGCCACAUCCAUGAAGAAGUUGUGCGCAAGCUUCUCAUACUCUUGGCUAUCAUCCUCGAGCUCCCCGAAGACUAUUUCCUUAAGGUGCACCGGUACGAUAAAUUGAGCGACUGUCACCUGCGGUACAUGAAGUACCACCGUCGGAGCGAGGAGGAGAAUGAGAAGGCCGCCGGUAUCUGGUCCAAAGGCCACACCGACUUCGGCAGCCUGACAUUGCUAUUCCGACAGCCAGUUGCUGCGCUGCAGGUUCGCACCCCUGAGGGCGAGUGGAAGUGGGUGAAGCCCUACCCAGGGAGCAUCACCGUAAAUCUUGCCGACUCGCUCCAGUUCCUCACCAAUGGAUUUCUGAAAAGUAGCAUACACCGAGUCGUCGCACCCCCGCCAGAUCAGAGGGACAUCGACCGUCUAGGUGUUUUGUACUUUGUUCGACCGGAGGAUAAUCUUGAGCUGCGUCCGGUGGUGAGUGAAGUACUGCACCGUUUGGGAUAUGAUCAAGCGGCCGAUCAAAGUGCGGUUGGCAUUACUGCUGGCGAGUGGGUGAAGGCUAGAGUUGCCAAGGGAGUCGACAAAGGUGUGGCACGAAGUGAAGUUGGAGAGCAGCCCAUUAUUGGUGGAGUGGUAGCGAAGUAUUAUGAUUGA